GUGUGCCAUCUACGAAUAAACGUGCAAAGACACUUAGCAACCAGCAAAUCCCUGAGCACAGCGGUGUCUUUAAGGCUCAAACAGGCGUGGUGCAGGAGCUUCAGGAGUUUCAGGAGCUGCAGGUGCUCUCGGUGCUCCGUUGUGCCUGGAACCUCCAGAUGGGUGAACUUUAGUGUUUUCUCAAUUCAUCAGCUGGCUGCCAGGAUGCCACGGGACACAUCCACCACGGAUGACCUGGUGCACAACUUGGUGGCCAACACGGCCUGCCUGAAGGCUCAACAGAUUGAUCGUAACAAGCUGAGAAACGAGAGAGUCUCCCUGACGCUGCCCAGACCAGAGAAGUCCUCUGUUCUCCGGGCAGCAGUGGGGAAGAAGUACGAGUCACUGUGUGAGCAGCAGCCUAUUGGGAGGAAGUUGUUCCAGCAGUUCCUCCUGGCUUCUGACCCACAGUGCGUAGCUGCUGCUGAGUUCCUGGAGGAGCUAAAUGCCUGGAGAUUUGCUGAGAAUGAAACCAUACAAAUGGCCAAACAGAGGGUUCUUGCUAAGUUCUUUCGACCUGAGUCCACGUUCUUCCUCUCAUACCUUACAGGAAAGUAUGCUAAGAUGUGCAAAGAUUUAACAGAGAAGAAUUUGGAUGAGGUGGUGAUGGAGGAGAUGAUGGAAGCCACAAGGGACUUCCUGAGGGGAAGACCUUUCUUGGAGUACCAGAAGAGUCCCUUUUUCUCCAGGUUUCUGCAAUGGAAGGAGUACGAGAAGCAGAGCAUCACUGACAAAUACUUUUAUGAGUUCAGGACCUUAGGAAAAGGUGGCUUUGGUGAAGUGUGUGCGGUGCAAGUGAAGCACACGGGCCAGAUGUACGCAUGCAAGAAGCUGGAUAAGAGGCGUUUGAAGAAGAAAAGUGGUGAGAGGCUGGCCAUUGUGGAGAAGCAGAUCCUGGAGAAGGUGAACAGCCUCUUCAUCGUGAACCUGGCUUAUGCCUACGACAACAAAACCCACCUGUGCCUGGUCAUGGACCUGAUGACUGGAGGAGACCUGAAGUUUCAUAUCUACUCAUUGGGGGCGAGGGGCAUUUGCUUGGAUCGUGUUGUUUACUACACGGCCCAGAUCACCACCGGCAUCCUCCACCUGCACUCCAUGGACAUCGUGUACCGAGAUAUGAAGCCUGAGAACGUGUUGUUGGAUGGUAAAGGACAGUGUCGGUUGUCAGACCUUGGGCUGGCUGUGGAGCUGUCAAAGGGCAAGACGAUGUGCCAGAAGGUUAGUAGAGUGACCUGACCCAGAUUAACUUACACUCUCACUGUCAGACAUUUGUACAACACGUUGUUGUUUUUUAUUUGUGCUACAGUGCAAAAUUCUACAAAUACUAGAAAAAAAUGUGAAUAAUAUCCUCAUAGGCCUGCAUUCCAUUAUUGUCAAUACUAAUUUGUUUUGUGUGUCAUGCACAGAAAUCCUUCCUGACACAAACGCUGUUUUCUCUUUCUAGUACCACCCACCACCCCAAGUAGCUUACCAGGAAUAGAUACGAUGACUCUUAGUCCUCUCUGGCAGUAAAUACAAGGGCGCAUAACCCUUUGUAACCAAAAUUAAUCUUAUUAAAAGGGCCCUGACCUCAUUUCAGCUUAGACGUAGCAAUAGGCAGAAGACCGACCAGAGCCUGUUAGCAUUACCUGGUUAAUCUUUGCUUUUACUAAUACUAGAUAUGGCUUCCACAUGUCUGUCCAAG